UAUUUUUAGUAGAGACGGGGUUUCGCCGUGUUAGCCAGAAUGGUCUCGCUCUCCUGACCUCGUGAUCCGCCCUCCUCGGCCUUCCAAAGUGCUGGGAUUACAGGCGUGAGCCGCCGCGCCCGGCAGGCAGAGUCGGGUUUCAAAUUCAGUCAACUUGUCUUCAGAGCUCGGCUCCUAACGCCUGCGCGGGCUGUCAGCUGAACUCAGCGCCGAGCCGUGAGCUUGGCUUUGCCCCUCCAAGCUUGCGCGGAGAACGCGCCGCCUGGGCCGAGACGGGGACCCCGGGACGCUCCCGCCUCCCCUCGGAAAGAGGACGGAGAUGCAGAUUCUCCCCGAGCGUUGGUUUGGGAGUCUGGACUCUUAGGUCCAGUCCCAGCCCAGUGAUUUGUUGGGAGGCCCUGGGCCUCUGGGCUUCAGUUUCUCGGGCUGCCAGGCGGGUCCCGGGGCGGCUAGGAAGGAGCCGCCCAGAGACGGAGGCGCGCCCGCGCUGCUCGCAAGCAGAACCUUGGAGGCGGCGGCUCCGGGAGCUGGCGGCGCGGCCGGAGCGGCGGACCCGGCGGACCGGGGGGCGGGGCGGACAGGCCUGGGCGGAGCGCGAGGCGGAGGCGCCGCGUAGGCCCGGGAGGCCGGGCCGGCCGGGCUGCGAGCACCUGCCCCAUGCGCCGCCGCCUCUCCGCACGAUGUUCCCCUCGCGGAGGAAAGCGGCGCAGCUGCCCUGGGAGGACGGCAGGUGGGAUAUCACCCCAUAUCCAUCUCUCCAGUCUCUACCCUGUCCCCAGAAAAAGCCCAGAGGGCAAGGGAGAAUCUGUAGAGGUUCCAGCCUUCCCAGACCACUCUCAGGACUGGGCUGUGCUCCUCCCCAGCAGAAUCCACCACCACAGGAUAAUGGGGGGCCCGGGUUGCUCUCCGGCGGCCUCCCUCGGAAGUGUUCCGUCUUCCACCUCUUCGUGGCCUGCCUCUCGCUGGGCUUCUUCUCCCUACUCUGGCUGCAGCUCAGCUGCUCUGGGGACGUGGCCCGGGCAGUCAGGGGACAAGGGCAGGAGACCUCGGGCCCUCCCCGGGCCUGCCCCCCCGAGCCGCCCCCUGAGCACUGGGAAGAAGAUGCAUCCUGGGGCCCCCACCGCCUGGCAGUGCUGGUGCCCUUCCGCGAACGCUUCGAGGAGCUCCUGGUCUUCGUGCCCCACAUGCGCCGCUUCCUGAGCAGGAAGAAGAUCCGGCACCACAUCUACGUGCUCAACCAGGUGGACCACUUCAGGUUCAACCGGGCGGCGCUCAUCAACGUGGGCUUCCUGGAGAGCAGCAACAGCACGGACUACAUUGCCAUGCACGACGUUGACCUGCUCCCUCUCAACGAGGAGCUGGACUAUGGCUUUCCUGAGGCUGGGCCCUUCCACGUGGCCUCCCCGGAGCUCCACCCUCUCUACCACUACAAGACCUAUGUCGGCGGCAUCCUGCUGCUCUCCAGGCAGCACUACCAGCUGUGCAAUGGGAUGUCCAACCGCUUCUGGGGCUGGGGCCGCGAGGACGACGAGUUCUACCGGCGCAUUAAGGGAGCUGGGCUCCAGCUUUUCCGCCCCUCGGGAAUCACAACUGGGUACAAGACAUUUCGCCACCUGCACGACCCAGCCUGGCGGAAGAGGGACCAGAAGCGCAUCGCAGCUCAAAAACAGGAGCAGUUCAAGGUGGACAGGGAGGGAGGCCUGAACACUGUGAAGUACCAUGUGGCUUCCCGCACUGCCCUGUCUGUGGGCGGGGCCCCCUGCACUGUCCUCAACAUCAUGUUGGACUGUGACAAGACCGCCACACCCUGGUGCACAUUGAGCUGAGUUGGAUGGACAGUGAGGAAGCCUGUACCUACAGGCCAUAUUGCUCAGGCUCAGGACAAGGCCUCAGGUCGCAGGCCCAGCUCUGACAGGAUGUGGAGUGGCCAGGACCAAGACAGCAAGCUACGCAAUUGCAGCCACCCGGCCGCCAAGGCAGGCUUGGGCUGGGCCAGGACACGCGGGGUGCCUGGGAAGCUGCUUGCCAUGCACAGUGAUCAGAGAGAGGCUGGGGUGUGUCCUGUCCGGGACCCCCCCUGCCUUCCUGCUCACCCUACUCUGACCUCCUUCACGUGCCCAGGCCUGUGGGUAGUGGGGAGGGCUGAACAGGACAACCUCUCAUCACCCCCACUUUUGUUCCUUCCUGCUGGGCUGCCUCGUGCAGAGACACAGCGUAGGGGCCAUGCAGCUGGCGUAGGUGGCAGUUGGGCCUGGUGAGGGUUAGGACUUCAGAAACCAGAGCACAAGCCCCACAGAGGGGAACAGCCAGCACCGCUCUAGCUGGUUGUUGCCAUGCCGGAAUGUGGGCCUAGUGUUGCCAGAUCCUCUGAUUUUUUGAAAGAAACUAGAAUGCUGGAUUCUUAAGUGAUAUCUUCUGAUUUUUUAAAUGAUAGCACCUAAAUGAAACUUUCAAAAAGUA